GCUUAUGGCGUGAACAUGGAGGCUUUUGCAUCGGCAUUGCAGAAGGCUUUGGCAUCCGCAGCUGCUGUUGAAGAGGCAUCACCCACUCAAGCAGCGGGCAUCAUGGUACAAGGCUUUUGGGAUGUGGCUGCUGUGGAAUGGCUAGUGAAGGUUGGCAUCCCACAAGAGUGCGUCCAACAUCAGGCCAAGAAAGGCCAACAGCAGAAGAAAGCCAAGCAGGCUUCAAACAUCGUCAAAUCGUGA